AAUGCCAUCUUUACGAGAGAUAUUCUGGACAAAGUAGCUUUCUUGUUGUUCGGUAGAUCAUCUCACAGACAUGCCCACUCACGUAUACCUUCCAGUUAGAGUACUGAAGUCUAAUCAUUGUAGUUGAAGCAUGAAAUUUGUGAAAAGGAAUGGAGUAAUUGUGGGAGGAGAUUUCAAACUCUUAUUUUCUAAAGAGUUACUCUGUGUGAGGCCCUGUGGAGCAAACAUUGUUGAGUAAAGCGUCACAUUUUUUAUAUAAAGCUUGCGAUCCCCUCAAAUUCAUUAUCGCCCCUUUUGUUUGCAGCCUCUGACACCUGAGUUCAACACUUUCAGAAGAUCACAUGGAAAAUAGGAACAAUGUGACUGAGUUUGUCCUCCUGGGGCUCACACAGAGCCCUGAGGGGCAAAAAGUUCUAUUUGUCACAUUCUUACUCAUCUACAUUGUGACGAUAAUGGGCAAUCUGCUCAUCAUGGUGACCAUCUUGGCCAGCCGGUCACUGGGUGCCCCAAUGUACUUUUUUCUGGCUUACUUAUCAUUUAUUGAUACUGUUUAUUCUACUGCCAUUGCUCCCAAAAUGAUUGUAGACUUGCUUUAUAAGAAAAAGACCAUUUCCUUCCAGGCUUGCAUGACUCAAGUCUUCGUAGAUCAUUUAUUUGCUGGUGCUGAAGUCCUUCUUCUGGUGGUGAUGGCCUAUGACCGAUAUGUAGCCAUCUGUAAACCUCUUCAUUAUUUGAUCAUCAUGAAUAGGCGGGUAUGUGUUGUCAUGCUGCUGGUGACCUGGACUGGAGGCCUUCUGCACUCAUUGGUUCAAUAUCUCUUUAUUUAUCAGCUCCCUUUCUGUGGCCCCAAUGUCAUUGACAAUUUCGUGUGUGAUAUGUACCCCUUAUUGAAGCUUGCUUGCACCAAUACCUACCUCAUUGGGCUUUCUAUGAUAGCUAAUGGAGGGGCAAUUUGCACUGUCAUCUUCUUCAUUCUCCUAGUUUCCUAUGGGGUCAUAUUAUACUCCCUUAAGAGUCAUGGUUUGGAAGGGAAACGCAAAGCUUUCUACACCUGUGCAUCCCAUAUGACUGUGGUCAUUUUAUUCUUUGUUCCCUGUAUCUUCCUGUAUGCAAGGCCCAAUUCUACUUUUCCCAUUGAUAAAUCCAUGACUGUGGUUUUAACUUUCAUAACUCCCAUGUUGAACCCCUUAAUCUACACUCUGAGAAAUGCAGAAAUGAAAAAUGCCAUGAGAAAACUGUGGACCAAAAAUGUGACUUUAGUUGGAGGAGGGCUGUAUCCCUCAUGCAGAACAUAA